AUGGCCGAUCAAGCUUAUGAUCGCUCAAGUGCCAUGGAACUGCGAAUAGUUCCCGAAAGCUCGCCAGAAAAAGCUGAAAGCUCAAGCCCAAAUCCCAGUGCUACAGGUAGCUUCAGUAACACGGCAACUGAGAGCCAUGGGACAAGAGGCAGGCCUCACUUUAGGAAACAGUAUUCCAUGGGGGGGUUCGGUUCACCUAGCUCAAGUGUGCAGGCACAUGGGGCUCUGGAACGGUCCAGGGAAGCCACUAAAAAGGGUGGGCACAAGGGCUUCCACAAUCCGAUAUCUUUUCACUCCCCAGACGACCCGAUCCCGCCAUUCUCACAUCCCAUUAAGCCCCGUAUUCCACGGCUGAGUCGAACUAGUAGCAACGGCUCGAUUCUUUCAGCAUCGCAGGGGCAGUCGGGGCCACCACAACAACAGCGUAAAGGAUCCCGCGCUGGAUCGCUUUUCAAAAAGUUGACAGGCAUGAAGAUAACCUCAGCUAAUACGUCCGAACCUUCCGAUCAGGAAUCGGGCUCAAACAACCCAACAUCACAGCAGCCAGGAAUUCGUCGUAAAAUGAGCACUUUCAUUCACGGGAAUAACGGACAACCCGAGUGGCAUGUACACAGCAAUUCUGGCGACAAUGAAUCCAGCAACACAGAUGCUUUCUUCAAAGCUGGCAAAGCAUUUCUUACCUCAGGAGCUAAUAGCAGACGCGGAUCUGCAGCUAGUGCUGCUGCAAGCGGAAUGACCUCCCCAAGCGGAAACAACUCCCCGAAAAUUCGGCAUGUCACCUCGGGAAGUAAUCCUCCGACGUCUGCAAUUUCAAACAGCGCAUCCGAGGAUCCAAAAGUUGUGUCGCGUAAUCAGCUAUCAGACUCUUCAGAAAGUCCCGAACGCGGAUCGAGAAACGAGCUUACCAGAAGCGCGAGUUACUUCCUGUUGGAUACCGACCUUAACAACGUGUCUGAUAUAACAAACACGAUCGGAAAUUCAGCGAACGAAAAGGGAAUGUCAACUAAUAACGGAAUCAGCCCUAAGGUGCCUGCUAAGUCGAAAAACAUCACGAAAGCACCAUUGAUUGAUACUGAAAAGGAUACAGUCCAUGAAGCCCCACACUCAAAGGCGCAAUGGAUAGCGCCAGAAAGCUGGGACAUUGAUGAAGAGACCAGCAAGCCGUUAGUGUCGAAAUCAAGACGCAGAACAUAUCGCGGUCAAAGCAAGACUCGGUCGAAGGGCCCUCCUGGAUCACAAAUGGACCGUAACAGGGCAGGUAAGAUGGCAAUAGAUGUGGCUAACGCAAAGAAAGAUCAGGGCUUUAAGUUAAAUCCGCUAACAGAGGCUACGAAUCGAGACCAUUCCGCUUUGAAUUUAUCUCCUGACCUUAACAGAAGCUCUGCAGCCUCUACCAGUAGUGUUAGCACGGCUAGUAAAUCUCAGGAUUUAAGUGAAGCUACUUUUUCGACGAGCGACUACGAGGACGACGCUGUGGAUGAGGAGAGAAUGAAUAUUGAUUCGGUCGACUCUUUACAAGCCUUGGAAUCAAAUGCAAUGAAAAAAGAUGAGGCGUUUGACAAGGCGGGAUUCGAGCUGGAGAGAUACUAUAAUGAUUUCAGCGACAUGGACUCGACAAGGCGAUAUGCUAUCCGAAUUUUCAACACUGACGACACUUUUACUACCUUAUCCCUCACACCGAACACUUCGGUGCAGGAAAUGAUACCACAGCUGAAGCGAAAAUUCAAUGCGGGGCAAGGGAAUUUUCAGGUCUCUCUCAAAGUGGCGAAGGUCUUGAAAGUACUUUCUCCGACUGCACGGCCUAUACUAAUACAGCGUAAGCUGCUGCUCUUAAAUGGCUAUUUGAAGAGCGAUCCCCUAUAUAUCAUGGGGAUCGAGGACCUGAGUUAUGUUUUCAAUUUUAUAUUCCACCCUGUGGCGACCUCCCAUCUAACUCAUGAACAAGAACAGAGACUCUCGAGGGGUGAUUUUGUUCAUGUUGACUUAAGAAGUAUGAACUUAACAACACCUCCGAUCAUAUUCUAUCAGUACACGCCUAAUAUUGAAAGUCUAGACUGCUCAAACAAUGCUAAUAUAUUUUUGCCCCUGGAUUUCAUUGAGAGUGCAAUUAAGCUAUCGAGCUUGCGAAUGAUGAACAUCAGAGCCUCCAGAUUCCCUCCUAAUAUCACAGAAGCUCAUAAGUUGGUUUCUCUAGAUCUCGAAAGGAACCUAAUCAGGAGAAUACCGCCAUCGAUAUCGAACCUAGGAGAGCUCACAAUACUAAAUCUGCAGUGUAAUGCUUUGGAUAGACUUCCUAUGGGCUUUGCGGAGCUGAAGAACCUUCGGCUGCUCGAUAUCUCCUCCAAUAACUUUGCCAAAUUUCCUGAAGUUAUUACGAGUUGUACAAACCUGCUGCAGAUUGAUUUAUCAUAUAACAAGAUUCAGACUAUUCCAAGCUCGGUCAAUCAGUUGACUAAGCUGGCUAAAAUGAAUGUUGCUCAAAACAAGCUUACAGACGUUAGUGAGAUGUCUAAGUUGGUGAAUCUGAGAACUCUCAAUUUGAAAUAUAACCGUUUGACUACCCUUAAACUCAACAACCCAAACCUGCAAAACCUGUCUUUAUCCAAUAACCGUAUCAGCGUGUUUGAGGACAAACUAUCAAGGCUAAAAACACUUGAAAUUCAAGAAAACCCCAUCACGUCAAUUGCGCAUGAAGGUGAAUAUCUCGUCAACCUGGUUGCCUUGUCCUUGAACAAAGCCAAGUUGGCUAGUCUGCCUUCAGAACUUCUGUCCAAGCUCCCUAGACUUGAAAAGCUCGAGGUAAAUGAGAACAACCUGACCCAAAUUCCUCCUGAGAUCAGCAAACUGACAAAGCUCGUGUAUUUUUCAGCUGCGAGAAACAAGUUAGAGAGCAUUCCAGAGGAAAUUUGCGAACUCAAGUCCCUCAAAACGUUAGAUAUUCAUUCCAAUAACUUGAGCAACCUUGUGAAGGGGCUGGGAAAGAUGGAAUUGACAUACUUCAACGUGUCAUCGAAUUUGCUCGGAAAUACCAUCAAUAUCCAGGAGAUUCUUCUCAAUAGGCGAGACUCUGCGCUUUCUAAAAGUUUAUUGUUUCUCAGCAUGGCGGAUAACAAUUUGGGAAAUCAAUUUUGGACGUUGUUGAACAUGUACGAAAACUUGAAAACCUUGAAUUUGUCCUACAAUAAUUUUAGCGAUCUUUCACCAUUCAUGCUGCAGAACUUGACCGAGCUCUAUUUAUCGGGUAACAAUUUGGUUUCUCUUCAGGGUGACACAGUUUUGAGAUGGAUGUCCCUAAAAGUGUUGAUGUUAAACUCCAACAGCUUACUUUCCCUGCCAUCUGAGCUGUCGAAGCUCACUCAACUCAACGUUUUAGAUGUCGGAUCCAACGAACUGAAGUAUAACAUCUCUAAUUAUCACUAUGAUUGGAACUGGGGCAACAAUAAAGAACUGCGCUACCUCAAUUUUUCAGGCAAUAAGAGGUUUGAGAUCAAAUCUGCCUUAGACCUCGAAAGUAAGAGAGAUUUAUCUGAUUUGACUGUUUUGAAAGAGCUCAGAGUUCUGGGCUUAAUGGAUGUCACUUUGAAGACCUCGAAGGUACCGGACGAAGGAGUAAAUCUUCGGUUGAGGACCACAGGCUCUACUUUGAAUGGCAUGAAGUAUGGUGUGGCCGACACUUUGGGUCAGAAAGAUUCUGUAACAGCUAGGGAUGUGACUUUUGAGAGAUUCCGAGGAAAUGAAGAUGAAUGUUUGAUAUGUCUUUACGAUGGUAAAAAGGAGAAUGUCAGCACGGGCCACAACAUGUCGAAGAUUAUUAGGGACAAUUUUCACAAGAUCUUUAUUCGGCAGCUUGAAAAGUAUGGGGAAAACUCAGAUGGUAUAAAGAACGCUCUGCGUUUUAGCUUCCUUCAAUUGAAUAAGGAGAUAAACGGCAUGCUAAAUUCUGUCGAGAAUGAUGGUGGAAACAACAGCCUCACCUCGGCAGAUUUGCUAAGUGGUUCAUCUGCAACAGUCGUCUAUUUGAAAGGAAAAAUCGUAUACACAGCGAACAUUGGGGACACAAUGGCUAUUCUGUCGAAAAGCAAUGGUGAUUUCAAAAUCCUGACCAAGCUUCAUGUUCCGUCAAAGGGAGAAGAGUACGAGCGUAUUCGCAUCUCAGGUGGUUAUGUGAACAAUCAGAAGCUGGAUGGAGUUUCAGAUGUUUCAAGAGCAGUCGGUUUUUUUGACCUAUUGCCUCACAUCCAUGCCUCACCUGACAUUUCGGAGCUGCAUUUGGCCGCAACUGACGAUUUGCUAGUCAUCGCCACUAACAAGCUGUGGGAGUACGUUGAUUAUCAAACCGCCUGUGACAUUUGUAGGGAAAACAAGGAAGAGCCAAUGCGUGCUGCAGAAAUGCUCAAGGAUUACGCUAUAUCGUUUGGCUGUGUGGAAAACAUGACCAUUCUUUGUUUAUCCUUGGAUAAGUCAAGCCCCAGCCAGACCAAUUUCAUGCUCAACAAGAGUGACUUGGUAUCUAGGCGAAGCACAUUUGAAGAUUCGACGCUAAGGAGGCUAAGUCCAGAAAUAGCACCACCCACAGGAAAUUUGGCGAUGGUCUUUACUGACAUUAAAAAUUCGACAUUUUUGUGGGAGCUUUUUCCAAAUGCAAUGAGAAGUGCCAUCAAAACUCAUAACGAUGUUAUGCGCCGUAAUUUACGUAUCUUUGGGGGCUACGAAGUCAAAACAGAGGGAGAUGCAUUCAUGGUUGCAUUCCCAACACCAAUAAGCGCAUUGGUAUGGUGUCUAAGCGUACAGUUGAAAUUACUUGAAGCUGAAUGGCCCGAGGAAAUAACCUCAAUACAAGGAGGAUGUCUAAUUAGUGAUUCAGAGAACCGAAAAAUGUAUUUCGGUUUGUCAGUCAGAAUGGGUAUUCACUGGGGCUGCCCUGUACCUGAAUUAGACUUUGUGACGCAACGUAUGGAUUAUCUUGGUCCAGUUGUUAAUAAAGCAUCGAGAGUAUCAGGUGUUGCAGACGGUGGUCAGAUAACAAUGAGCAGCGAUUUCUGUUCAGAGUAUCAUAAGAUUAUGACACUGCAUGAGCGGGUGGUUAAAGACCAUCUUUCCUUGAAAGAAGCAUACGGGGAGUCUCUGAUCGGAGAAAUUUUAGAAAAGGAAAUUCAUUUACUGGACGGUAUGGGUUGCGUUUUUGAAGAGCUCGGGGAAAAGAAGCUGAAAGGGCUGGAAUCUAUUGAGUAUAUUACAAUUGCAUAUCCUCUGGCCUUGGCUUCCCGUCAUAAUCUUGUUGCUAGUGAGACUGAUGCAGGGAUCAUAGAUACCGAAACUUUGUUCAAGCUACGGAGUACAUCGAACAAGCUUGAAACCUUAUCAUCUUUGUUGAAUGGCUCACUCAUCGAGAAAGACCUCGCGAAGCUUACUUGUUUCACUGAUUUCGACCAGAAAACCACUGCGGCAGUGUCACAAUCAUGUACAGAGAUGGAUCGGAUCGCUUUCUUGGACCAUAUUGUCACAAGACUGGAGGCCGUGGUAGCGACUUUUCAGAUUCGUCAGCGACUGGAGGGCUCAUUGAAAACAGCCAAAACACAUGAAAAUGGAGGCGGUAAAUCAAUUUUCGAAUUGGUGGAUCAAUUGAUCGAUGCAACAAAUGGUAAAUAA